GGAGGCUGGCGGAGUGGGGAGUCGGUGAGCGUCACAGCCAGGAGAGCAGGUUUACUAGAACAAAGGGUCAGAAUAGCAGUUCCGUUUCUGCUGAAUAUGGUGACCAUAAAUUUACAGCCACACCAACCUGCCUGCUCAUGUGGCCAUUUCAGUAACAGCUGGACUGUAGAGGCAUGGAAAAUGCAAGUGGAUUUCAUGGAGACAGGGAAAAGCAAGGGGAUCAAGGGGCUUUGCAAGGAGGUGAUUAUUCACAGUGCCGAACCACCGAAUCCGAACUCCAGGCUCAUCUUUGCUUUCUCCCUUACAGCUCCUGUGGCCGGGACACCUGCGGAUCUCCCGAAGGCUGUGGUGGACCUCGAGCCCCCCUGGAUCAACGUGCUCCGGGAGGAUUAUGUGACUCUGAGGUGCCGGGGGUCCCUCUCGCCUGAGGACACCCCCACCCAGUGGUUCUUUAACGGGAGCUCCAUCCGGACCCAGGUCCGGCCACGCUACGGCUUCAAGGCCAGCAGCAGCCACAGGGGGGACUACAGGUGCCAGACCGACCAGACCAGCCUCAGCGACCCUGUGCAUCUGGAUGUGAUUUCUGACUGGCUGCUGCUCCAGACCCCUCGCCUGGUGUUCCAGGAGCCGGAGCCCAUCCUGUUGAGGUGCCACAGCUGGAAAAACAAGUCUCUGUACAAGGUCACAUUCUUCCAGGACGGAAAACCCAGGAAAUUUUCCCAUAUGAAUUCCAGCUUCUCCAUCCCUCGAGCGAACGUCAGUCACAGCGGCUCAUACCACUGCACCGGGGUCAUAGGGCAGAUGCGGCACUCGUCCCGGCCUCUGACCAUCACUGUUCAAGGGUCCAGCUCGAGCCACUCCUCGCUGGUGACGAUAGCUGUGGCUGUGGUCAUAGGGAUUGCCACAGUGGCCAUUCUUGCUGCCAUAGUAACCUGGCUCCAUCUCAGGCAAAAGCGGACUUCAGCUCUCCUAGGAACCCCUGAGAGCAGGGAAAUGGGAGAGGCCUUCCCUGAGGAGCCAGGUGAGUGCAGCUCCCCCUUGGGGACUCAUGACACCCCACCUGGGGCUGCCAGACGGACUGACAGCAAGAAGUGGCUUGUAAUUCCGAGCGUGGCACACAGGGGCCCUUUGUGUCCGCGGGAUGAGUGAAGAGACUAGAUGCAUUGUCUCAGACUCCCCCCCCACUUCCUGAGGAAUGCGGCUUUGCAAAUACUGAGGCUGCUUUUUACUGGCAAAGUGAGUUUACUGGCAAAAACCAGGAGGGAAUGCGGUGUGUUUUAGAUACUCACUGGGGAAAGUACUGGCUAGGUAGCUGGCUUCCUUCUCUCCUUCCCUCCAACCUCGUUUACUCACUCUCACUGUCUUUCUUUUUAAUGUCGUGCAGUUUCAGAUUCCUCCUAGUCCCAACAAAGACACACGACAUGUGGCCAGUGUGGAAACUGGCCUUUUAUCCCUGAAGUCUGACGCUGGCAAAAAUCUGGACUUGCCUUCGCCCUGACCCUGACCACCCCUCACCUCUUCCCCAGUAUGGCAGAUUCCCCCGAAAGCUUUCUUCUAGGAAAACGCGGCAGCUCUCUGAAAAGAGCGCGGCACAGAUGAUUGCUCCCCUUUGCCAGUGUGGGGGAGGCCGUGUCGGGGGCACGGAGGGCGGGCGGCGGGCAAGGCGCUUGGCCUGCGGGCCUGAGCCGGGGUCGGCCGUCCUGGCCUCGGGUCUGCUUUGGGCUCUGUUUCUGCAGCUUCAGCAGCAGCGCAGGUAGGCCCUCCUCCUGGCAGUGCCCUCCCUGACCUCUGUCCUC